CCGAAAACUCAAAAUGUCUCCGGACUAAUUCAGUCUAAUCGCAUGGUCCACCUAGGAGACACGCCUUCAUCAGCGGAACCCGCGUUGCUCACAAUCUCAACGUCAAGGGGCUUGCUUGAAGCUCGGGACUUGCUCGGUCGGGCGCAAUUGAGUCCGGAAAUGGAAGGCGUUAAAGAGCAAGAACGCGUUGAGGGAGACGCCCCGAUGGAUUGUGACAAGCCCAUGCCUUCGCCCCAGGAAGAGGAGGCUGCAGUAAAGAAGAAGUACGGAGGAAUCAUGCCCAAAAAACCACCUCUUAUUUCCAAGGUGAUAUAUAAUCUUUCAGCCAAUUGUUUUAACUAUAAAAUAAAUGCUAGCUUUCAUAAAGGCCUUGUGUACAUAACAUGCAUCCUCUGUUGUCAGGACCAUGAGCGGGCCUACUUCGAUUCUGCUGAUUGGGCAUUGGGGAAGCAAGGCGUAGAGAAGCCCAAAGGACCUCUUGAAGCCCUUCGCCCCAAAUUGCAGCCAACACAGCAGCAGACAAGAUACAGGAAAUCUCCUUACGCUCCAUCGGAUGGUGAAGAAGGGGGACCGGCUCCAUCUGAGGACAUGCACACUCAGUGAAUUCGAGACGCUUUGUUUAGCCCGCACUGUUACUAAGUAUAAUAGUUGAAUGAACAAUUUUACAUUGUUCCCUUAAUUGUGCUGAAGGAAUAUGUUGUCUUGUUAUGCCCCAGAAAACAUGAAAAGAAGAAAAGAAACAGAUGAUCAAAGGAACACAACAUUUAAACUGGUUGUUCCGAGAUUUUAUGGUGGUGAACACAUAAAUUGUUUCACCUGUGUACCGAGCUUAAAACACUGCUUGAAUUUCAGAAAGAUGAGAUAAACCUCUUGGUGGUUCUGUUAUAACAAUCGACUGCAGGUUUUUGUGA